UACAACCCCACGGUGUUGUAUCGCUCCUAUUGAUCGUACCCCCAUCUACGGAGUGGCCGUGCGCCGAUGGAUGACAAUGGAUAGGGACUAUUGUUCAUAGAGAUGGAUUGAGGGAGAGGUAAAAAUGUAAACAAGCCAGCAGGAGUGAAUAGCAAAGUCAUUGAAGACACAUGCAAUUUGGAAAGCUAAAAUUUGAUAGUUUAUUUACUUCUUAAUAAUUAAAAAUUUGCUUAAACUAAAUCAUUAUAUGCUAAAAGCGAACAAUUUAGUGCGACACAAAUUAAGACUAAAGCUAACCUAAAUCUAUAUCUAAUUUCAACACGAAGACCUACAGGUAAAUGAGACAAACUUGCUUAAAUUGGAUAAAAUAUUUAUUAAAUAACAUGCUAUCAGACCUCACAACGCUAGUCAGGGAUUUUGGAUCGAGUUUGGACAUAGGAGGGACAAAGAACACGAAGAUUGACUAAACGAUAUUAAAAUAUCUCCAAAUACACGCGGAUAUUUAAAAUCUCGGAAGACCACUCUUUCUUCGCCACCGAAUUCUAACAUCUUUUAAUAUCGUUUAUUGGAAGAGGUGGAAAAUGUCCAAUCCGAUCGACCACAACACCCCGACGACCAGCAGAGGUGCUAAAGGUAAGCAGAAACCCGAAAAGACACGUAUUUCCCGAAAACAAAAAUCGAAUAAAGACCCCCCGAACGACCCCAACCCCCAAAACAAGACUUCUAUCGCCGGUGAUGUUGGCAAAGCGCGAGUGGGUGAAAAUAAAUCACCAAUUUCGUCCCGGAUUCGAGCCUCGUCUAAGAGAAGAAGUUGUGUUAUGUGCGCGGGUGUAGAUGAUAACCGGAUGGUUCAGUGCGUCACGUGUAACUGUUGGUGCCACCUUGAUUGUGCAGGAGUUACUCAGGACGUCGAGAGUUGCGAGUGGAGUUGCCUGAAAUGCGAAACCGCGAAGGCAAAGCCCGGUAAGCAGAAGACGUCCAGAACGAGAUCCAAAAGCGCAGUGGAAACGGCGAAGUCAACGAAAGCAAGUGCGAAGAAGAAUUCUGGCAAGCCAAAGACGGUGAAGGAUUCAACUUCCAAGGACCUCCGAGCGGAUCGUAAAGCUACUGGUGGGGAAAAAUCAGCGAACCUGGAUGCCAUGCUGCUUGCUGAGAUCGAGAAGAAGAUGGCCACAUCGGCCAAAGCGAAGUCCGUGAAAUCCAGUUCAACCUGCAAAUCGGGUCUCUCGCUGAAGCUACAGAUGCAACAAGUGUUGGCUGAAGAAACCUUAAUGCUGGAGGAGAUGAAACGUAGACGAGAGUUUAUGAAGAAGAAGUUCGAGUUGAUGGAGGAGAUUGCUGAAGUACGUAGCUGUCCAGUCCCAGGUGCCAAAGUGACGGAUCCGCUGACAAAGGUGAAAGGUUGGCUACAGAAGCUGAUUUCAUCCGAUAGUGAAUCUGAGGACACGAUCGAAGACGGCGAUGAGGAUGACAGCGACGAUACUUCGAGUACGACCGAUUCGAGCAACGAGGAUACGAUCGACGAAGAAGGAGAAUCAUCUGAAGGUGUGGAUCAGGAAAGCGAAGACAAGGAGGAUACGAGUGACUCAGAAGGUUCGAACGAAGAUGAAGACUGCGAUGAUCACGAGGACCCCUUCGCUCCACGAGAACGUUCAACACCUGUUGCGAGAAGACACGGCGCUCUAAGACCUGGAAAUCACUCUCGGUCCAAAACCGAUCUCACACGUGAACAAAUUGCGGCACGACAGGUAGUGCAAUGCAACCUGCCUAAGUACGAUGGCAAUCCAGAGGAAUGGCCGAUGUUCAUAUCGACGUUCGAAAGUACGACUAAGAUGUGCGGCUACAGGGAUGAGGAAAACAUGAUCCGUCUCCGGAACUGCUUGAAAGAUGAAGCCUUUGCUGCCGUGCGAAGUUUUCUCAUGCAUCCGUCGAUGGUGCCGAAAGCGAUCAGCGUUUUGAAGCUCAGAUUCGGCCAACCGCACAUGAUUAUCAGCACAUUGCGCGAUAAGGUUCUGGCUAUGCCACCAGUCAGAUCUGAUUCUAUGGAGAAGCUAGUCGACUACGCUCUAGCCGUGCAGAAUUUGUGCUCUACAAUCGACGCUUGCGGAAGGAGAGAGUAUAUGCGAGAUGUAACGCUGAUGCAAGAGCUUGUCUGUAAACUUCCACCGGCUAUCAAGUUGGACUGGGCAAGGCACAGCAAAAAAUUCGUGAAGGUUACCCUCACUACAUUUUCCGAUUGGAUCUUUUCUAUUGCGGAAGAUGCAAGCAUCGUUGCAAAUCCCAGAAGAUCUAACAGUUACGAGCAGGAAACACGGGGUAAGCGUCACGGGAAAGCUUUCGUGAACACCCACGCUGAGGCUUCUGCAUCCGCAGCAAGUGGCCAUUCCAUGGUUGCUGGCAAUCGAAGGCACAAUACUCCCCUCGAUAAAGGGCCCCGAGAAGAGCCGAGCAGCUGCCCCCUUUGUAAAGGGAACUGUCGGACAGCUGCUAAAUGUAAGCGGUUUCUGGAUCUUUCGUACGAGGCAAGAUGGUCAGCGGUUCGUGAAUUCCGACUUUGUCGCAGGUGCUUGCGCAAGCAUGGGGGUAAUUGCAACACCAAGUUGUGCGGAGUGAACGGCUGUGAAUUUAAACACAACUCACUUCUGCAUAAAAACCUCGUCGCUCCAAGUGAACCGAAAGCUAGUACGGGACAAAACAAGGCAAAUGAAGAGCGUAGCGUAAACACACAUCAAGUGGAUGCUGGCCUGGAGCUGUUCCGCUACCUCCCUGUAACGUUGUUCGGGCCAAACACGAAGGUGGAAUGCUUCGCAUUUCUCGACGAUGGAUCCGAGUUAACGCUAUUGGAUGAACAGAUCGCAAAAGAGUUGGGUUUGGCCGGUGAUGAACAGCCAUUGUGCUUGAAGUGGACGGGAGGAACUCAUCGAUUCGAGGAAAAGUCAAGACGAGUAGGUGUUGGAAUUUCCGGGAUGAACGGCAAAAGGUUCGAUCUGAAUGGCGUGCGAACUGUUGAAGCGCUUGAGUUGCCGUGUCAAAGUUUGAACGUCGAUGCCCUGAAGAACAAGUACAAUCACUUGAAGAAUGUUCCAGUCCUCUCCUAUGAUCGUGUGCGUCCAAGGAUCUUGAUAGGGGUCAAACAUGCCAAUGUUUCGUUGGUGAGACGGAGUCGCGAAGGAAAGGAAGGUGAACCUAUCGCUGUAAAGACCCAUCUAGGCUGGACAAUUUUUGGCAGUUGGACAAGUCAUGAAACAGCGACCGAAGGAAAUUAUACGUACCACAUCUGUACAUGUAACCAUUCCAACGAUGAGCAACUUCACCGAGACGUUAAGCAAUACUUCAGCUUGGACAGUCUGGGAAUAAUAUCACCGAUAAGCUCAACAAUGUCCAGAGAUGACGAAAGGGCGUUGACAUUGCUGAACUCUUUAACGCAGAUGGUCGGUAACAAGUACGAAACCGGACUUCUAUGGCGAUUCGACAACAUUCGACUACCCGAUAGUCGGCCGAUGGCUCUGCAACGCCUGAAGUGCCUGCAAAGGCGUUUAGCUAACGAUGCCAAUCUGAAGUUGGCCUACAACGAAAAGCUAACCGAUUAUCAAGCGAAAGGAUACAUUAGGAAGGUGACAGCAGAAGAGUUGGAGCAGAAGAAGGGCCGAAUCUGGUACUUACCAACAUUUCCUGUGAUCAAUCCCAAUAAACCAGGAAAAAUCAGGAUUGUGUGGGACGCAGCAGCGGUGGCUCAUGGAGUUAGCCUGAACUCGGUAUUGCUCACUGGUCCAGACAUGCUGAGCUCGUUGGUAUCCGUACUGAACAACUUUCGGGAGUAUCGCUACGGUAUUUGCGGAGACAUCAGGGAGAUGUUUCUCCAGAUUGGUAUUCGCCCUGAAGACCAAUUUUGCCAACUAUUUCUGUGGAACGACAGCGUGAACGAGGAAGAACCGAGUACAUUCGUGGUCUCUGUUAUGAUUUUCGGAGCUCGUUCAUCACCGACGACAGCACAAUUUGUCAAAAAUCAAAAUGCUCGGAGGUUUCAACUGGAGUUUCCUACAGCGGUCGAAGUCAUCGAAAAGAAGCAUUAUGUCGACGACAUGCUCGCCAGCACGGAGACGGAAGCUGAAGCUAUUGAACUGGCACAAUCUGUUAAAUACGUUCACGAGCAGGGAGGUUUCGAGAUUAGGAACUGGGUUUCAAACUCCUCCAAGGUUCUGAGCUCUAGGCGAGACUCCCACAGGAGAAAUAUCUUUGAACCUGACUGCCGAAAUCUCGACCGAAAAAGUAUUAGGGAUGUGGUGGAAUACAUCAACCGACUGCUUCACGUUUAA